AUGGAAGAAGCUUGUACAGUUUGGGAAGGGGUUUUGAUUGAUCAAAAAGAAGAAUCUACUUCAACCGAUAUGCCCUUAGGCACGACCAUACAUAACAUAGAAAUCACACUUGGAAAGGGUGGACAAUUAGCUAGAGCAGCGGAUGUUGUAGCGAAACUGAUUGCAAAAGAGUGGAAAUUGGCCACAUUAAAAUUACCUUCUAAGGAGGUCCGUUUGAUAUCCAAAAACUGCUCAGCAACAGUCGGACAAGUGGGGAAUGUUGGGGUGAACCAGAAAAGUUUGGGCAAAAUGAUUCGGCCAGACAUAGACUCCUAUCUUUUUCCUGCAAACCGCUUCUUGGUUCUCACCCCAGCAGCAACAUCGAAUGGACUUUGCAAUGAAAAGCUCUCACAAUUUGGUGUCAUUUUCUUGAAAUGCGAUAGGAAGGAGGCAGGAAAGUCCUAA